AUGAACUUUGCCUACUUUGGUAGAAAGCUUGAGCAUCUUCAUACUUUUUUCCUCAAUCACUACAACUUCCGUGGAUUCUUGUCUCGUCUUCACUCCUUCCAUUUCAACUCCUUCUUCAUUCAACUUUUUUAUUUCGUUAUCCUUUCUCUCUUUGGUUACCUUGGUCUCAAGUUCUUUAAGCCUAGAACUCCUGUUAGGCUCAAUGACUUGGAUCUCCUUUACACCUCUGUUUCUGCUUCCACAGUUUCUAGCAUGGCAGCCUUAGAAAUGGAGGUGUUCUCCAAUUCUCAACUCAUUCUCUUGACCCUUCUUAUGUUAUUUGGUGGUGAAGUUUUUACUUCCAUGCUCGAACUUGUAUUUCAUAAGUUCGAUUUCACCGAAAAUCAGAGUGUCAAAAACAGAGUGUCAAUUAAUAAUGCAAAUCAAAUUGAGCUUGGUUUAGUUCCUAUUCGUCAGUCAGAAAAUCACAAACGGAGUGAUAGUAAUAAUAAUGUUCCAAAUGGCACAGUUGCAUCCUUCAACGAUACAAAUAGGCUUCUUAGGUAUAACUCUCGUAGGUAUCUAAAAUAUGUAGUUUUAGUUUACCUUAUGGUGGUUCAUUUUCUUGGUUCGAGUUUGGUCUCUUUGUACCUAAGCUUUAUACCGAGCGCGAGAAUGGUACUGAAAAACAAAGGCAUCAAAAUACCAACAUUUUCUUUCUUUACCGUAGUUUCCACUUUUGCCAAUUGCGGUUUUAUCCCUACCAAUGAGAACAUGAUAGUUUUCAAGAAGAAUUCAGGCCUCCUACUACUUAUUCUCCCACAUAUCUUUCUUGGUAACACCCUCUACCCUCCAUGUUUGAUGCUUGUGAUAAAGGUUCUGAAAAAAGUUACAAGAAGAGAGGAAUUCUCGUACAUGCUGAAGAAUUCCAAAGAGAUAGGUUAUGACCAUUUGCUCUCAGCUUUUCAUUGUUGGCAUCUGGUUGCUACUGUCUUGGGGUUCAAUCUGAUACAAUUUGUAACGUUCUGCUCUAUGGAGUGGAACUCCAAAAAUAUGGAGGGUCUUGAUCUCUAUCAGAAACUGGUUGCAUCUUUGUUUCAAGUUACAAACGUGAGACAUGCUGGUGAAUCUGUUUUCGAUCUCUCCACCAUGUCUUCAGCCAUAUUGGUGCUCUUCGUAGUCAUGAUGUACCUCCCACCAUACACUACUCUUUUACCUAUAACCGACCACGAAAAUGAAGCCAAGAGAGACAAAAAAAGCCUGACGGAUUGUCUUGUAUUCUCUCAACUCUCAUGUUUGGUUAUAUUCAUUAUUAUGAUAUGCAUCACUGAGAACAAAAGCAUAAGAGACGAUCCACUCAAUUUUAAUGUGCUCAACAUCACCGUAGAAGUGAUCAGUGCGUAUGGGAAUGUUGGGUUAACAACGGGAUGCAGUUGUGCAAGGCAAUUGAAACCCAAUGGCAAGUGUAAAGAUGCAUGGGUUGGAUUUUCGGGCAGGUGGAGUAUCAAGGGCAAGUUCAUCCUUAUUUUGGCCAUGUUGUUUGGGAGGCUAAAGAAAUUCAACAUGAAAGGUGGCAAAGCCUGGCACCUAUACUAGCAUAUAUACCAAACACUGUUAACGAGCUAGCACCCUGCACCAACAUGAAUACUACACAUCAAAGUGUGUUCUCUUGUAGCUGCAUGUAUAUGUUUUAUGGGUAUAAUAAACUAGUUUUAGAACUUUCAGACUUAAUAAUUUGUGGAAGAUAUUGAUGGAGAGAUCACAAACAUCUACGUACUUUCCAAACUUGAGGUGGAGAAUCAACCUUCGCAAGUUAGUGGGAAAUUUUAGCACCCCUUAAUUUCCUUUUAUAGUCAGUAAGUUGUUAUAAGUGUGUUAGUAUAUAUGGCUAAUUAAGCUCAAUGGUAGUAUAGCCUCCUACCAUAUUGACUUGUAUUAGUCAAGUUAAUGAAUCAAAUCAGGUAUCGUUUUUCAUCCAAUUCCCUCUCUUAAUAAUAGGUGAUAAGUUUCAACUUUAAAUUUCCUCUUAUCACUUG